AUGACUUCUCAAUCUGACUUGCGCAAUGUAGCCGCGCCAGGUGUCCCUUAUUUCACACCGCAUCAAUCACCACCAUCUGGAUCAGCCCUUCCUCUCUCAGAGCAACCCGUUCACAAAGACAAAUUGCCCAAGCUCUUUGAGCCCCUCAAAAUCCGUGAUGCUGUAUUCCCGAACCGUGCUUUUUGCGCGCCGAUGUGCAUGUAUUCAUGUGCCGAUGGUAAAUUGACGGAUUUUCACAUGGUGCAUUUGGGUGGUAUUGCGUAUAAAGGUGCAGGACUGGUGAUGGUCGAAGCUUCUUCGGUAAGGCCUGAAGGUAGAAUCUCUCCAGAGGAUUCGGGGAUUUGGGAGGACGCUCAAAUUGAGUCCCUCUCGAAAAUAGUAACAUACGUACACUCACAAGGCCAUCAUUUGAGUGUUCAGCUCGCGCAUGCUGGCAGGAAGGCAUCAACAGUCGCACCUUGGCUGGCAGCAAGGGGUCGUUCCAACACAGCGACUGCCGAUAUUGGUGGUUGGCCGGACAAUGUCGUGUCAUCAACUACAACUCCGUGGUCUAGCGAUUAUCCGGUUCCACGGAUGCUUUCGAUUGCCGAGAUCAAAGACAUAGUCAAAGCCUUCGGUGAUGCUGCAGUUCGCGCUGUCAAAGCAGGUGUGGAUUCUGUCGAGCUCCACGCAGCACACGGGUACCUACUUCAUCAGUUCUUGAGCACGGCGACCAACCAGAGAACAGAUGAGUACGGUGGGCCGUUCGAGAACAGAGUAAGGUUUGUGUUGGAGGCUAUACAGGAGAUAAGGUCCCGCAUACCGCAGGGAAUGCCUUUCUUUCUAAGGCUUUCGGGCACAGAUUGGCUAGAUACGGCAAAGUAUCCUGGUGCUUGGGAUAUCGAACAGACCAUACGAUUGGCGAAACUCCUGUAUCCCCUCGGUGUGGAUCUUCUUGAUGUUUCAUCGGCUGGAAACCACGAAGAGCAGAAAAUUCCCGUCCACAUCAAGGAAUACCAGACUUCAUUGGCCGAAAAGGUCAAAAAAGUGCUCACUGAAGAAGGUGGUGAGGCGGCGAAAUUACUGAUCAGUGCGGUGGGCGGAAUUACCGAUGGAGCACAGGCCAAUCAGAUAUUGGAAGAAGGGCAAGUUGAUGCUGUUUUCAUCGCUCGAGAGUUUUUGAGGGACUCCAGCUUUGUCAUGAGGGCAGCAAAGCAACUAGAGGUCCAAGUCAGAUGGCCGCUCCAAUAUCAGCGCGGUACAUUUGGGAGAGUUCAACCUAGGAUUUAA